CGCUCGAGCCGUGCUUCAGUCGGCCGGCAAGCUCGCGUGCCGAGCCUUCGCGACUUGUUCUUCCCUUCGAGAGGUACCCCUCUCGGCAACCCUUACGGCAACCCUUACGGCAACCCUCACGGAUAAUCUUCUGUUUGCGGCCUCGAUCGAAUUCUGCCACCCUACGCACGCUAUGGAUCGAUCUACAAGGGAGGACGAUAUCGGAAAGCAUUCCGCGCUGAGAACUUGACUUUCUUUUUCCAAAAUAACGCCCGGAGAACGAGUUGCUCUCGUAAUCCUGUGCGAUGACGACGACGACGACGACGAAUAUUAUAUUUUCGGAUAAUACGGAGUAACGAGAGUGAAAGGUGUGAAGUGAAUUACUUAUUCGAGUGGUUUGGCUGGCCAUCUAUCGAUCAUCCGAGAGAUUCGUCCUAUGUUUGAGAAAACUUUUGUGGACAUUCGUGGGUUUGUCGCGUCGAGUGAAUGCCACCUCUUACCUUGGGACGAUAAAAAACGGACGCAUCUUGUUGCUGGAAAUAAAUCUUUGUGCUCGAACAGGGGGAGAGUGGGGGAGGAAGAAAUAUAAGUUUUGCGAGCGCGAGAUCGAUAUACGCGAGGCGGUGUUGUGCCGAAAUAACCUUGUCGCAUCGAGUUUCCGAAAAAACGAUCAACGAUCGCGUGCGUGCGUGCGUGCGUGCGUGCGUGCGUUCGUUCGUUCGUUUUCCCUGCUGCGUCGACGAAGAAUAUGAUCGGUGAAAGAAGAGAAAAGAAGAGAACGCGUGACUCGAGCCGGGGCCCAAACGAGGGAUCUUCCGCUCUUGUUAAUCAAAGGGCAGCGCCUUUGCGAGAUGAACAAAGAAAUGACAAGGCCGACAGGUGCCGCUUUGUGCAUCCACUAACCGUACGAAGAGGCGCUUGACUAAUCUUCGAAAAAAAUGCAUCCUCCUAACUCUCCUUAAAUCUCGACGAUCGUCGUCGUCGUCGUCGUCGUCGUCGUCGUUGUCGUCGUCGUCGUCGUCGUCGUCGUCGUCGUCGUCGUCGUCAUCAUCGUCGUUGUAUGGGGUGGCUCGAAAAUUUUAUAUUUUCCCUAGCUAACGCGUUUGAAAUCCCGUGAGAAUUGACGUGAUAUGAGUACUGCGAUGAUGCGAAAGAAUCCCAAAGAUGCGCAGGACCAGUACCAAUGGUUUAAAACUCGAUCUAACGGAGAAUACGCCAGGUAGCUCGUUGGCUAGGCUACCGAACUUGGUCGAGCAUGCGGAGAGUUGUCAGGUCCUGGCCGCCAGCACGGGAGAAAAUUUAAGCAGCAAAUUGCCGAACGUGGUCGAGGGCUCGAUGGACUAUGGUAGCGAGCGUAGGUCUUCCCGAUACUUGGAGUAUCAAGAUUCUAAACCUUACCAGGAUGGUCAGGUCGCGUCGUCGGUGGGAGGAUCGGUGGGAGGAUCGGUGGGAGGUUCGGUGGGUGGUACGUACGAGCACGUCGACUAUCAGGAUCAAUUGAAGACUGGAUAUAGCAGGAACUACGAGAAGAAAAGCGGCGGGACUGGCUACGGCCGAGAAAACGUCGAUAGAUACGUCGAGGACAAUAGAAUUUAUCCGGAAGACGGUCUAAGGUACGACCGUCGAGGACCCCUAGAGGAGAGAACUUACGAGGAAUCGGAUUUAGAUGGUUCUUACGAAAGAAGCGACGCUCAAAAGUUAAGCGUAAGAGCUUAUCCCGCGGAACUUCAGGAUACGACGAGCAGACGGUACUCGAGAGACUUGACGGAUUACGAGUACGCCUCGAGAUACGCAGAGGAAACCCUGAAGCUCGAGCCGAAGAAAGAUCAUCAUCAUCAUCAUCACCAUCAUCACCAUCCCCACUCCGGCAAGAUUUACGAGCCGGCCGGAGCAUCGAAGGGAUACGAGUCCGGCGUUAAAACCCACGACUCUGCCUACGAGCUCGGUAAUUGUGCCACCGCCACCGCCCAACACCAGGAUCCAAAUCCUUCUUCCGCCGCUGCCAGGAAGUAUGAGAACAAGUACCAUUCGGCAGGAAAAAUGUACGGGACUUUACCGAGGUACGAUAGCACCGGUGGCAAAUCUUCCGCUUACGAGACCGGCUACGAACCGAGAUCGUUCGAAUCAAAGUACGAGGAGCAAACUUACGAUACCGGUAGCAAGGCUUUCGAUCCGAAAUACGAAUUGACCAGCUCGAAGAGUUACGAGAGAUGCAAGUACGAUGCUUCCUCCUCCUCCUCUAACGCCAGGUAUCGCGACAAGUCUUACGAGCAAACGUUGAAGAUCGGUGAACUCUCUUCCUCGUCGUCGGCCGGUCCUUACGUGAGAAAGCAAAAUCAAGAACAAGAGGACAUGACCGCGGAAAAGAUGAACGGUUACAGAAAGAACAAUUUCGAGGCCUACGGGGUUUACUCCGAUCCGGAGGACGAUCACGGUUUUCUAGCCGAAAAGAAAACUCCUCAGUACACGUACAAGGGGGUAGUCGUUAACGCCAGCGGGGAAUCGAGCGUCAUCGAGAAGCGGCCGAAGGACAACAGGCAAACGGAAAUGCCCCGAAGCCCUUGGUGCAGGCCUAUGAUCUUGCUGCUCCUUCUGGUCCUCCUCGUCGUUAUUUUCGUAUUCGUCGCUGGAAUACUUUUGUACUUUAAUUAUAUGUCCUACAAACCCCGCCAUCCCCCUAUGGAGGGUAAGGAUCUAAAUUUCGCCAGUAAUAAUGCCGAACCCUGCGAGAAGACUUACUGCGCUUGGGGCGCGACGUGCGUCGUAUCCGAGAACGGGAAAGCUUUGUGCCAGUGUCCAACGAAUUGUCCGUCAAAUUCUGCACCGGUUUGCGGCUCCGACGACGUGACGUAUACGAAUCAAUGUCAUCUGAGACAAGCGAGUUGCCAGAGGAGGAAGAAUACCAGGAUAAAACACGAGGGUGCCUGCGAGAUCAAAGAUCCGUGCGUGAAAUUGAACUGCUCUCAAGGUGCCCAAUGCGUAAGAAGCCGCGACGGUACCGAUGCCUCCUGCGAGUGCCUACAAAUCUGUCCGAAUUUAGGAGAUCACGAGGGCUCUGGACCCGUUUGCGGGACUGACGGCAUCGAUUAUCCGACCUUGUGCGACUUGAACAAAAGCGCUUGUACGAAAGGCGCUAAUAUCAGCGUUGCUUUUCAGGGUAGAUGCGAUCCCUGUGGCAACGUCGAGUGCAUGGAACCAGAAAUCUGUCAGUUGGAUGGCUCCAGGCAACCCGCUUGUCGUUGCAGUGAACAAUGCGGACUCGAAUUUUCACCCGUAUGCGGAAGCGACGGUAAGACUUACUCGAACGAGUGUAGCCUCCGACAAGAAGCUUGCAGAUCGAGGCUUCCACUUCGGAAGAUCUAUAACGGUGCCUGCAGCUCAGGUAUCAAUCCCUGCGACGAGGCCAAAUGCGGCUCGUACGAACAAUGUGCCAUCAACCGAUAUGGUAUUGCGAGCUGCGAAUGCGGUCCGGAAUGCGAACCAGUCAUGAGACCAGUUUGUGCGCGCGGUGGCACCACCUACACGUCCCUUUGCGAGCUCAAGAGAAGGGCUUGUCUAACGAAGAGCAAUAUCGAGGUCGCUUACACGGGUACAUGCGGCUCCAGAGGACCCUGCUCCGAAAAGGUUUGCCAAUGGGGUGCAAUUUGUGCGGAAAAUGGUGGUACCGCCGUUUGCGAGUGUCCUACCUGUCCUGCCGAAUUUCAACCGGUUUGCGGAGACGACGGCAUUAGCUACGGAAACGAGUGCAAACUGAGAUUAGAAGCUUGCCAACAUCGACGGGAGAUUCGAGUUCUUUAUCAAGGCCUCUGCAAUGGUUGCGAGAAUAAGAAAUGCGAACAUUACGCAGAAUGCGAGAGCGACAGCGCUGGGGAGGCAAAAUGCGUUUGCCCGACUAAAUGCGAACAUUCGGGGAAAGAGUCGACGGAGAAAGUUUGCGGAUCUGACGGUGUAAGCUACGAGAACGAGUGCGCCCUGAAGAAAACUUCCUGUACCUCGCAGACCGAAAUCGCUAUUCAUUAUAUGGGCGACUGCGAACUUUGCGCGAGGGUGGAAUGCGAAAACGGAGGUCGGUGUAUGGCAGGAGUUUGCGUAUGUCCAGAGAUCUGUCCGGAAAGUAACGGAGAGCCUGUAUGCGGUAGCGACACGAAGACUUACCAAUCCGAGUGUGAAUUACAAAAGGUAGCUUGUGGGAGGGACCCGAAAUUGCCGGCCUUGCACGUGAUUUUCUACGGCGACUGCGGUGAAAGACUCGCUGUGGCAGCGCUGACGACGAUGUCGACACCGGCUCUGACGCGAGUAGCCACCACGGUCGCUGACGUUACCAGCACUCAAGAACGAGAGGCUUGCAAGGACAUUCAUUGCGAUUUCGAGGCCACGUGCGAGCUCGGACCAGAUAAAUUUCCAAGGUGUAGCUGCCGAUUUGAUUGUGCUUCGAUAUCUCCGGAAAAUAUGCGUCCGGUCUGCGGCAGCGAUCUCAGGACAUACUCGUCUCUCUGCGCGAUGAAAAUGGAGGCCUGUCAGCGACAACAAGAAUUACGGCUGAGGCCCCUUGAUCUGUGUCAAGGCAUGGAGGUAAAACCAUGCAACGGAGAUCCGCCAUUGAUCGAUGCCGAUGGGAAGGAAUACGAUUGCGGAAGCGGACCCGAUCGCCGAGAUUGUCCGAGCAACAGCUAUUGCCAUCAAACACCGCGAUUCGCUCGCUGUUGCAAGAAAGUCCAAGGAAUUCAAGUGGUCAAGUGCUCGGAUUCCUGGCACGGAUGCUGCCCCGACGGUAAAACCGCAGCUCUAGGACCGGAUGGCGCUGGUUGUCCUAGUUCAUGCAAUUGUAACAGACUGGGUAGUGUAUCCGACACCUGCAAUCCGGAAACCGGACAGUGCGAAUGUCGACCAGGAGUGGGUGGUCUUAAAUGCGACAGAUGUAUGCCAGGUUAUUGGGGAUUGCCAAAGAUCAGCGAAGGACAUCAAGGAUGUAUACCUUGCGGUUGUUCUCUCUUUGGUUCCGUCCGAGAGGAUUGCGAGCAAAUGACCGGACGUUGCGUCUGUAAGCCCGACAUUCAGGGCCAAAAGUGUACAAUCUGCACCGAUCACAAUAAAAUACUUACGCCCACCGGAUGUUAUUCAGCCGAUACGAUACCACCGAUCCCAACCUCUUGCAAGGAACUGGAGUGCUAUUCCGGAGGACACUGCUCCGAAAUAGGUGGUCCACACUGCGUCUGUCCGUCCUCCUGUCCAACGGACAUACCGUUGGUACCGGUUUGCGGUAGCGACGGACAGACUUACGACAGCGAGUGCGAACUACGUCUGUACGCGUGUCGUCACCAGGCGGACGUGGUGACCCAGGCCUUUGGUCACUGCAGAGACGAUCCUCUCGUGAACACGGACUUUCCCGUUAAGAGAUACACUGCCGUGCAAUACACCCAACCAGCAGCCGCUAUUUCGCCAUUAUCUAAAUCUACCAGGCAUCUUUUGGUCCCAGAACCAGAUCCACGAUACUAUUACACUCAUCGAGCUCAUCAAGAAACCAUCACCAUCGACAGAGAUAAUCUUAAGCACGGAGUUGCAGCGGUAUAUCGACCGACUCCCGCGACGAUUAGGGUCGUCACGGCCCUUCUCGGUGAUCUUUGUACCGACGACAAGGAUUGUACGAUUCCCAAUAGCGAAUGCUCCAACGGUGGUUGUAUCUGUUCCGAGGGUUACGCAGAAACCAGUGAUCGACAAGAAUGUUUCGCCAAUUACGUGCCGGUGACACCGACGGAGGAAUUUCGUGCCUGUCUCUCCUAUCCUUGCCAUAUGACAUCAACGUGCAUCGACCUGCCGAGCGCAACAUUUGUCUGCAUCUGUCGGCCGAAUUAUACGGGGCUGCUUUGCGACGAAGAGAUAAACAAGAGAGAUUACGAGGUACCUUCCUUCGACGGUAAGAGCUACGUCAGAAUGAACAGACUGAAGGCUUAUCACAAGUUCAGCAUCGAGGUAGAAUUAAAGACCUACGCCGACAACGGAAUUAUACUUUACAAUCAGCAGAAGAGCGACGGGACCGGUGAUUUCGUUUCUCUCGCCAUCGUCGAUGGACACGUACAAUUUAGAUACAAUCUUGGCAAUGGUCCGGUUGUCCUCACUUCACCGGAGAAAAUCACCAUGAAGACCUUCCAUAGAGUAGCAGCGAAAAGAUACCACAAAGAUGGAGUACUGAUCUUCAACGACGGCGAGGAUAUCGUUGGCCAGAGCCAAGGAGUCCUCAAAUCCUUGGAUCUCAACCAGGAUACGUUCGUUGGGAAUAUGCCGAGCAAUUAUUCCAAAGUCUACGACAAUAUCGGCACUAACCACGGUUUCCUUGGAUGCAUAAGAAAGCUAAAGAUCAAUCGCAUCUUCGUGGACCUGCACGUUGGACAAGACAAGGACGUUUUAGAGACUUAUCGUGUAAAGGAAUGCGGAGACAACGCUUGCGCCAAUCUCCCUUGCGAAAACGGCGCUACGUGCCAGCCAAUCUACGAGGAGGAUCUCUGCAAUGGCCGGGAAUGUCGAAGAUUGCAGAAGAGGGCCAAGAACAGGAUUAAUAAUAAGAACGGCCAGAAGAACGGCCAGAAGAACGGCCAGAAGAACGGCCAGAAGAUCGGCCAGAAGAACGGCCAGAAGAACGGCCAUAAUAACGGUCAUAAUAACGGCCAUAAUAACGGACAUAAUAACGGACAUAAGAAUGGCGUAAGCAUCGUCAGAUGCAAGGGCUCGCAUUGCGCCUCGAUCGAUCAACCGAGAUCAAGGAAGAACUCGAAGAAACGUUGCGUCGGUAGCAAGUGCGAUUACGACUACGAUAUAGAUUUCGAGGCAAGUUUCGAUCGUGGAAAUUACGCUGUAGAAAAGUACGAACCACCGGAUUACAAGUGCAUUUGCCCGCCCCAAUUUACCGGCCGAAAUUGCGAGGAGUCAUUGGAUCCGUGCAUCGACGAACCCUGUCAGCACGGUGCCACUUGCGACAUACUACCUCAGGGUGGAUACGUUUGCAAAUGUCCACCCGGUAGGACCGGCGUACAUUGCGAAAUUCUCGAUGCCGAAUUAACGGAACUGCUAAUACCGGAAAUGUCCGGCGACGGUUUUCUCGAAUUACCAUGCCUCGAAGGAGUCGCCAAAGCUUUUUCCAUCGAGCUUUGGUUCCUAGCUCGCCUCAACGACGGCCUUUUAUUAUAUAACGGCCAAUUGAACAACGGUAGAGGCGAUUUUAUCAGUUUAAACUUGGUCCACGGUAGACUAGAGUUCAGGUUCAAUCUCGGAAGCGGUAUCGCCAAUAUCACGUCGCCGGAUACCGUUACUCUCGAUAAUUGGCACUGCGUCAGAAUAAGCAGACUCGGAAGGGAGGGUGUUCUCCAAUUGGACGAUGGAACGGUAGCGAGAGGACUCUCUGGAAGUCCUCUCACAGAAUUGAACCUAGAAAUGCCUCUCUACGUGGGUGGAGUCAAACAUUGGAGAGAAGUACAUCGCUUGGCGGGAGCUUGGACCGGUUUAACGGGAGCCGUGCAAAGGCUGAUGGUAAACGGCAAGACUUAUCAAAAUCUUGCCGUAAACGUAACGCAACACAACACAGAGAUCUACGACGGGUUACCGUGCCCGAGCAACGAGAAUCCUUGUCACAACGGUGGCGUUUGCCUACCCUUGUUGAAUAGCUACCUCUGCAAAUGCGCUACCGGCUACAACGGACUGCACUGCGAGUUUUUCAUGGGAUACGACGUUUCGAGCACGGAAGAUUCAAAGAGACCGGUACGAUUCGACGGCGACAACUUUUUGCAAUUUAAACAUCGUCUUGGUAGAAGUACUAACACAACUAAUACUACCCUCGGCGAGUAUUUCGAAGAGUCCUACUCCGACUACGACUUGGAGGACGUCGGAGAGUACGAGUACGACAGUUACGAUUAUACGGAACGCAGAGGGCAACAAUCCAACAAGUUCGAAUUACGACUGAAGACGAUUCAUUCCGAGGGUCUGAUCGCUUGGAUUGGAAGGGGAAAACUCGAACACCUUAUACUUUCUUUGCGCGGGGGUUACGUCGUUCUCUCUUACAAGAGUAAAACGGAACAGAUUAACGUGAAGAGUAGGGAAAGAGUGGACGACGGUGUUUUUCACCACAUAAGAGCGAGUCGGAGAAGACGCGCCUCGACGAUACAAAUCGACGAGUUUGCCCCGGUUAAGAUGCCAAUGGAGAGUGGAACUUUACUUACGACCAAUGGCAAAUUAUUCAUCGGCGGUAAACCAGGCCACCGAGGCAUCAAGGGCUGCGUCACGGACUUUAUCAUCGACAAGCGUCGAUUGCAAUUAGUUAGACGGAAGAUCGACUUUUGUCACGACAACGACGUAUGAUGAUAACGAAUCGCGGAGACGAUCAGACGAUUCGCAAGAUUCGUAGCUUUUCUUCUCCUUUAUCAUUCUCCAAGCCUUCGUCCAAGUUCGUCUGGAUUUCGCCUGGCUCGAAGAUAUCGAACGAACCUACAGAGGAGGAAGAGAAAAACUUUGAGAGAUUUUAUUAACGGAUCGAAUCGUCGUUCUUAGAUCUUUCUUCCUCCAAUUUUUUUAACGUUCGCUCCGAACGACCACGAUUCCUGCCAAAGUCCCACAUCGCGAGAAACCGAUCGCUCUCCGUCAUUUUCGCGACUGCCAUACUUAAUUCGUUGUCGCGUCGUGUCUCGCCUUCGAACGACAUGCGCUACAAAUAGGGAUAGAGAUAGGUGCAAAGAGAGAGAGAGAGAGAGAGAGAGAGAGAGAGAGAGAGAGAGAGAGAAGAAAAGUGCUGCGUUUUUUUCAUCAAAAGACAAUAAUAUAUUUUUAAGGUAAUACGAUAAUUACAUGCAUAGUAUUAUAUGUAUACGUACGUAAGCAUGCUCGCGACAUUUAUUCGAGAAAGAAUAAGAGCGCGUAAAACAAGCAGAAAGUAAGGAAGGACAGGCGAGAGAGAGCCUUCGGCCGAAAUACUCGUCUUUAGAUAUUUACGAUAAGCUAUGCUAAUGCACUUAAAACAGAAGGAUAAUAACAAAGAACACUUAACAUUGCCAAGACUGAAUAAAUAUUGGGACGAAAGAAAUUGUAGAGAGAAAGUGAAUGUGUGCGAGAGAAAAAGGCGCUAAUUUGAUGUUACGUUUGAGUGUUUGGUAGAGAGAUUUAAUGAAUAUGAAUUUGAAAAAUAGACGAAUGUAUUUUAAUGGACUGUUAUAAUUUAUGUCCAUAGUACGCCAUAUGUAUGCGAAAACAAAUAUGACAGGGAUCAUAGAUUCCUUGUAUACACGUACAAACGUUGACACACAUUUACACUGUUAAGCACACGCUAUUGUUUUUAGGUAGGCGAGGCUUUUUACAAAAUGCGCUAAAAGAAUAGAUGUAUUAUAAAUAUAUAUAUAUAUAUAUAUAUAUAAACCGAUUGCAUUCCAUGUUACGGUGGAUAUCACACGUGAUAAGCGAAUACACGCUUAUGCAUUAUCAGAUGUAAGACGAUAAUGGAUCCCACCCAAGAAAAACCCCGCUUACGUGUGUAAUCCAACGAUCCGCGCGAGGAUAUGUAUGCGUGUGCGUGUGUGUGUGCGUGCGAUAGAUAUACGAAAUAUUAAGAUAUAUCUUAUGCGCGUGCGCUAGAGUUAACGUUUCGCAAAACCUGUAAAUAACCGAUAUACGUUGAUCUAUCGAUUACAAAGCAAUGAUCGUUCAGAGAUGUACAAUACUGGAACUAAACGAAUGUAACGACCUAAUAAUAAUAAUAAUAAUAAUCGUGUAGCGUUUCACGAAUUAGCCUUUCCAUGCGCACGCGCCGUUUUAGUUUGUGCGUCGGCCCGAUGCGAUAUGUUCUUCCGUUCCGGGAUGAAAGCGUUUAACAAAUAAGAACGCCUAAAAUAAUUGUAAAUCGUCGUUACUUUCUAUCGAUUAAAAAAUACGUAAGCGGCUGAACGCACACUUUUUCGAUUGUUAGCGAUCUGGCUCGUUCCCUCUCUGGAAAUGUACGAAUUUGAUCUCGCGCGCGUCCCACUUCUUUGACGAUGCACGAACGCCUAAGUUCUAACUCUAUAUCAAAUAAUGAUAUAUUUAUUAUCGAUACUCUAUUAUUUACAUGUAUUUUUUAAUAUAUUUUCCAUCGAAUUUUUCCUUUAUGCGAAUUCGCAAAAGACAAUUUUCCAACGAUAUUAGUUGGCUACGAUACGCGUGCGAAUACAACCUUUACCAUUUUUUACCACUAAAAACGAUUAAUUAUCAUUGAAAUAUAAUUCUUAUCCGGAAAUUAAAUCGAAUUCUAUAAUCGUUCGAUGAUAAUAUGUAUUACAACAGUUCAACGGAUAACGCCUAAUGCAAAUUUCUGAUGAACGAUUAUAUAUUAUAGAUCGAUCGAUUAUCCUAAAAUGUAAUCAAGGCGAAGCAAGAUUACGCGCGAACGAUGAAUCGAUACUAAUUUAAUAAUUAAGGCACGAUAUUAUAUCCUUCUUACCUGCGUUUAUCUUUAUUGCCUGAGAAGAUGAAAGAUCGCUUCUCGUCAACGCGAGCUACGAAUUAUCAAGCAAUUUCGAAACAUAUCCCUCUUUAGAGAUACGUAUUCACGUUAAACGUACAUAUAUGUAUCUUCGUUUGAAACAGAGUACAUACAUAUCUCUUUCCCCAUGCAUUUCAUCGUUUACAUAUCGAACUGAAUUAAUUAUUAUCCUACGGUCCAAUUAACGAGUCGCAUUCCAACGAACGAUAAAUGAAUAGUUAUAUUGUUGCGAAAUAAAGGCGAAUAAAUAAAUGAAAAAGACAAUUGAACGAUUAUAUCGACGUAAUGUAUUUGAUCGCGUGUCUGGAUAUAAGAUUUAUCAUCUUUUGUACCAUUAGAGAUUGUUCGAGAACGAUUGUUUAAUGAUUCGCGAGAGCAGGAACAAGCAAGCGCGUGCGAACAAUAGAAAAAGAUCUAACUUUACGAAUAAGCUUACUGCCAAUCCAAUUCAAGAUUCUACGAUCCUGUCUUUUUCUCGAUCACGGUCACGGUGUUCCUUGGAUGAUUUUAGAUUUAUGAGUACUCUUCCAACAUUAAACGAGGACAAAAAAGAGAAGAAAAGAAGGAUAAUAAAUGAUGGAGGCUGGAAAGGGAAAAUCAAAGAGAGAAGAAAAUUCAGAAGAUGCGUUCGCGGUUCGACUCCUUAAAAAACGGAUAAACGUCGCAAGAUAUUUUCGUGUGGACAAAAUUCACGCCACACGAAUCUACACAGGUCAAGAAUGCACACGUCUUAAUUAGUUUUUUUACUUUGGAUACCGUCGUUAACACGCGACCAUUUUUGGCGCUAUCUGUCCUAAAUACUGGAGCUACACUAUGUAACAAAGUACACUGUGCAUUGUAAAGUGACUGUAUAUACAAUUAUAAAUUAUGCAAUUACCUUGAAA